ACUUCCUAUCCAUAACCAACCAAACAUCAAUUGUUUGUUUGUUCCAUUAUUUUUGCUUAACUAGUUCCAACAACAUUACUCAAACCUGCAUCAUGCUACUAAACUAUCUCUUAACAAAACAAGUAAAACAAAGAAAGCAAACAUUCUUAUCCUUAUAAGCAUGACUUCUCCGCCACCUCGGAGAAAUUUCUCCGGCAAGACUCCAUUAAGUUCUUGCCGUAAACUCCACCAUAACCCACUUCCAGAGAAACCCUCCACCAACGUUGUUGAUCGCCGACAUGUCUCGACUUCUCUGACAUCGAAAAUGCAAACUAAUGACUCUAUUCUUCGGCCACCGAAGCUGCUACUGAAGGUGACAAUCGAGAACAGCUUGGGUGCAAUACAGGUGCUGAUGUUGUCUGAGAACACAGUUGAAGAUUUGAUAAAGGCAGCGUUGGUGUUUUAUGAGAAGGAAAAUAGAAGACCUAUUUUGAAUAACUAUGAUCCAAAGUCUUAUGAUCUUCACUACUCCAAAUUCACUUUCCAAAGUUUGAAGCGGGACGAGAAGUUAUUAGGGUUGGAGUCAAGGAAUUUCUUUCUCUGCUCAAAGCCACACGUUUCUUCAUGUACUCAGGAAGAGAAUAUGGCAAUGGAUUCUGCAUUUCCUUGGAUGAUUUUAGUCCCUUUCCUGCUAUAAAUUAAGACAGUGGACAUGUCACAAAUGUUAGAUAGAGUGAUUAUUGGAAAUCUUUGUUAGAAAAUGAAUGGAUGAUGAAAUAGUAUCUCUCAAUCUUAGAGCUUCUUUAGUUUUCUGAAAA